CCCCCCGUGUGUGUGGGAGGAUUGGUACAUUCCAGCCCCAUCUGUUCUCCUUGUUGUGAAAUCGUGAUUGAAACAGAUUGUAGUAAGUCCACUGGGUCGCGAUGGCAACUGAGCAAGUUUUGGUGUUCAGUUAAAGAAAGUCAUAUGGCAGAAGGAAAGGAGAAGAGAAGACAGGAGAGGAAGUUGGAUAGUUUCGUCAAAGAGCGAUACCUAAUGUGAGAAAGAGUGAAGUCGGGUGUUUUUUCGGAGUGAAAACAUGUCCCAGGGAUGUAGAGUUUCUGUGGAGGAGAUCCAGUCUUGGUGGGAAGUCCCCGCCAUCGCGCACUUCUGCUCUCUCUUCAGGACGGCGUUCAACUUACCAGACUUUGAAAUUGAGGAGCUGGAAGAAGCGCUGCUGAAACAGGACGGAGACUUCCUCUCCGAGCUCCUCUGCUGUCUCCUGCAGGGAUGUUACCAGCGAAACGACAUUACGCCUCAGGCUUUCCGCAGCUACCUGGAGGACAUCAUCAACUACCGCUGGGAGCUGGAGGAAGGUAAACCAAACCCUCUGAAGGAGAGCUCUUUUGAGGAGCUCACAGUCCGCACACAGGUGGAGAUCCUGCACAGGCUGUGUGACUACCGCUUAGACGCUGCCGACGUCUUCGACCUGCUUAAGGGGCUGGAGGCAGACAGCUUGCGUGUCGAGCCUCUGGGUCAGGAUGGACACGGUGCCCUUUACUGGUACUUCUACGGCACUCGCCUGUAUAAAGAGGAGCCUGUCAGGAAGAAGUCUCCUGAGCUCGGUGAAAUCCCUGAAGUACGAGUACCUGAGAAAAAAAGGAGGGGAAGACCACCGAAAAAGAAGUAUGGAGAUUCGUCACCAGUUGAGAUUGAAUUUAUAAAGGAUGAAGAGAACGGAGAAGAAGAGACACAACUGAGUAAAGAGCGUGAGCGUGGAAGCUGGUCUCUUGUGUGUGAAAAUGAGGAGCAGUGGACCAGGUUGGCUGAGAGCAUUAAGGACAAAACCUCUCCUCAGGACCGGCACCUGUUUCGCAUCAUUACCCAGAACUUCCUGCCUGAGAUCAGCAGCAUGAUUGAGCACAAGGAGAAAGAGCAGCUGCAGAAACUGUUGAAUCCUCCUGUACGAAACUCUGUGCGGCUUUCCGACAAGCAUGUCGUAAAUAAAGAGGAGGCUGUCUCUGAGGUGGAUCUGAAACAGAGAGAAGAGGACUUGGAAAGGCAGGCUCUACUCGCAGAGCAGCGGCGAGAAGAGGAACGACUCCUCCAAGAGGAGCGAGAGAGAGAGGAGCUGGAGCGGGCCAAAGCAGCUGAAGAGCGAUCGCGGAGAAGAAAGCAGCGCGAGGAGAGGGCGUGGCUGCUGUCUCAGGGGAAGGACUUGCCGGCUGAGCUGCUCCACCUGGAGCCCCACUCGCCCGUCCGCCGCACUCGCCGCACCAGUGAGCUCUACGAUAUCGAUGACGACUAUGCUGCUCUCUACAAAGUGCUGGAGGCUCUGAAGGCUCACAAAGACGCUUGGCCCUUCAUGGAGCCUGUGGAUGAAUCCUAUGCCCCUAACUAUCAUGAGAUUAUUCAGACUCCAAUGGAUCUGUCCACCAUUGAGAAAAAACUAAAUGAAGGAGAGUAUGUUGCCAAGGAUGAGUUCAUAGCCGACGUUAAGCUCAUGUUUGAGAACUGCCUGGAGUACAACGGAGAGGAGAGUGAGUACACGAUAAUGGCCGAGUCCCUGGAGCGGUGCUUCAGCAGAGCCCUUCUAAAACACUUCCCUUCUGAGGACGGGGACACCGACGAGGAGUUCCAUUUGAACAAGGAGGACCGCGACCGCGAGCGCAAGGAAAAGAAGAAGAGUAAGAGCAGUCGGCAAUCAGGGCCCGAGAGCCUGAUCCGGGCCACGGAACAAGUGCAGAAACGCAAAGCAUCCAGCGGGGGUAAAGGAGGCAUCCAGCCCCAGGAGAACGGCUCCAAAUCUGCUCCUGGUCCACCUGGUUUCCAGUUCAGCAACGGGCCCUCACAUCCUCACAACAUGAACACAGGACAGCCUCGCUCUUUGAAUGAUCUACCGCAUGGCAUGUACCAUCCUUCACAACAGUUCCAGCGGCACCCAGGUCCCCCGGGACCAGGAAUGUAUGGCCAAGGUAUGAUGAUGGACCCCCGAUAUCCAUACCCAGGACAGAGACCUUUCAUGGGUAGGGGUCCAGGAGAGCAUGGCCCCCAGCACAUGCCUCAUUAUCCUAUGCAGGGUCCGCCUACCAAUGGUCCACACUUUGGUCCAAGAUACCCAAUGGGGCCUGAUUCUCGUCACCUUCAGCCUCAACACCAACAGCAUUCCUACAUUGGCCCCACUCAUGGCCCAUCACUGGGCCCAAGACCAGUCGCCCUUCAGUCUGGAGGACUGUGUACCACUCCGUCUGAGGGCGACAUGUAUAGACCUCACCAUCACCCUGACGGGCAACCCAUGCACCCCAUGGGAAAUGGCUACCCUAGACCCCUGCACAACUCCUUCACUCCUUAUGGCCCUCCACCCGCUCCUUACGGUUCUUGGCCAGGCUCGAACCAGCAGCAGCCUGGACGACCAAUGAUGCAGGACCAGCCUAUGGGUGUUCAGCACCCAUACGGUCAUGGAAUGAUGCGUCCUUCUCACAAUGCAGGAUAUCCCCCUUCUAACGGCCAAUACAGGAUGUCAGCAGUUAGCUCCCAGGGACCCAUGGCCCACAGACCUCCCAUGACCUCUCAAGAGCCCAGGCCACAUGUGGGAUCAAUGAUGGACAGCCCGGAGAUGAUUGCCCUGCAGCAGCUGUCGGCAUCGUCCUCUUGUCUCAGCGUCGGAGGUUACCAGCCGCCUCCGGCGAGGCAUGCUAAUACCGCAGCAGCUCCUGAAAGCCAGAACUCAAGGUCUGUGGGAGAUAACCAAGGAGCUGACAGAGUCUCCAAAGGUUUAGAGGUAGAGCUGGCAAAUAAACAACAGAGUGAGGAUUCCAACUGCUCAUCUCUUCCUGGUCCAACUAAGGUUCCCGAACAGCCCAAUGGUACCCAGCAGUGCCCUAGUGCCGCAGUGUGGGGUGGUUCACCACAGAAAACAUCAGCAGAGCUUGCACCAACCUUGCUAUCCACACCAAAAAAAGACAGACCACAGCUGGAAGGAGAGAGCACUAGAGAAGGCAAUCCACCCGUACCCCAAAACAGUCCUGUCUCUCAAAGGGAACCCCAGUCUGAAACCCAGUCACAGAAAUGUGAGGAUUCCUCUACACAUCCUUCUAAUGGUCCUGUGAAGAUCACUCAGAAAACCUCAGGUCUGUCUGAACAAAUGUCUUCCACCAUUCCUCCAGAGUUAUAUUCCCCACAGGAUGGUCCCCAACGAAUGUUGCAGAGUCCCCAUCAGCAGGUUCCUCCAAGUGAAUCUCCUCAGUACCCUCAUGGUGGGCCACUACACAUGGCUUCCAAUUCUGCUCAUCAGCAGAUGCCCCAAAACGGAUCUGUCCGCUGUCAACAGCCCGGGCCUGUCCAUGGAAUGCCACAGUCUGUUCCUCAGGGGUCACAACCUGGUGCUCAACACCCUGCCACUUUAACCUCACUGCCCCCCAGCCACCCUGUUUCCCAACCACUUGCUCAGCCCUGCCCUGCUGAACAUGGUGACCAGAGACCCAGUGAGCCUACCCGGGACCCCGAGGGAAGCUCCGGUGUUCCCAAUCCCAGUAUGAAGAAUGCACCUGCCAGUGCUGAUGGGCACUGCAAACAGCAGCCUUUUAGCCCAGAGUCACAAACCCAGCUAAACAGGCCGGAACAGGCACCACCGCACAGUCAGACACCAUCAAACCACCCUCAUGGUCCAGAGAGCAACUCUAUGGCUCAGUAUGGCAUGGCCAAUCCACAUUAUAGCAAAUACAUGGGCAGAGCAGUGCCCCCAUCUGGUCGUCUGCCUUACCCGAGCCAAGCACCACAGACUCAGUCUAUGAGCCCUCAUCACAAUCCUGCCCAUUACUCUCCAUAUCAGCAAGGUGCGGUGUAUCAGUACCACAUGGGACCACAGCAUCCUCAGGCCCAUCCCAGCAUGCACGCUUCAUACCAGCAGCAACAGCAGUACUAUCCCCAGCACCAGCAGAACAGCAGGCCUGGUUUCCCAGCAAGAGAAUGGCCUAGAACUCAGUACCAGCCUCAUCCCCCUAUGAUGCCCAGCGCUUACCUACCUUCUGCAGAUGCUGGCCUGAAUGGUCGGCAGAAGGAGAACACCAUGUCUCCUCUGGGUUCAGAUGGUUCUGGUGGGAAUGUUAUGUCUCCGAAUCUUCUCCCUGAUGGAUCCCAGGGCAGCUCCACUGAGAAUCGGGAGGGCGCCACCCCGGCAAAACAGGCCCGGACUGACGACAGCUCGGAUCUGCCUGAAAGCCCGAAAGAGAUACUGGAUCUAGACAGCCACAAUGCUGCAGCUCACUGCCGCACCUCUGCUCAGCCUCAACACAACUACCCCUAUGAUCCACAGGCCAUGCAUCCCCGCAUGCAGCAGGGUGGAGCUCACCCACCUUACGGUGUGCCAGGUGGACCAUACUCCAGGCCUCAACACCCAAGUGGACAUUUCGGUCCUCAUAAUCCUCACCCUCACUUGAUGGAGGCGCUGCAGAGGCCCCAGCACCUACCCUACACCCCGGGACAGACUAUGUACAGGCACCCACAUGCUGCAGGUCACUUUCAAGGCAUGAUGUUGCCUCAGAGAAGCAUGGUACCUGAACACUUAUUUCAUCCACGGCAACACCUGAUGAGUGCAGCAGCUCCCAGUGGUCCUAGCAGUAAGCAGGGAGUCUGAAAGGUGAAGGACAAAUCAAAUGGAGAAGGCUGAGCAGAGACCUGCGCCAUUUCCUCAGCUGAAGAAUCAGUUUUCUGAUGCUGGCCUACAGACAUGUCUGUGAAAAGACGCGUGUUGUUCUUGCCUUGUUUCUCUGGACUGCGUAGACAAGCUCUGUGGGCUUUCCACUCUGUUUAACGCUCAUCAGUACUGAAAUGUGGUCGGGACUGCAGCUUGCCGUCUCUGUAUAUACGCUCCCUAUGUUUGAGAGCUUCUGCACUUUGGUGGCGAGUACUGACCCUCUGACCUGGUAGGAAGUACAGCUGACAGGAUCCUCUGCAUGCACAGCUAAAAGGAAAGACAUCAGGAGGGUUGUGGAUUAACUCGGUGUUCCUUUCCAAAGUUAAACUCAGGUGUUGAAAAGAAGGAACUUGGAGGUAUCUCCAUUCCUCAUGGACACACUGGAAACUGUUGCCUUUUGCAUCAUCAUUGAAUGUCAUGUAUGUAUGUAUGUAUGUAUGUAUGUAUGAAUGAACGCUAAUAUAGAUUACAGCAUGUUGAGUGGAUCAGCUGUCUGUGCUCUCCACCUAUAACUCAUUCAGACUUUUCACUUAGUCCUGCAAUGUUACCUUGCGUUCACACUAGCAAGCGACAAAGAAACAGGCAAUCAUUCAUUCACUUCAUUUGUACUUUGGCAGCAAAUUGCAGUAGAUGGCAGCAAAUUUAUUGCGAAUUUUAUUUUUUUCUAAUUGUAUUCAAAUUAGGUGUGACUCAUUUAAAUCGUAAAGCAACAAAUCAAAACGAUUCGGCUCAAAUGAUUUCUAGGACCAGCCGUGCGGUCCGACGUUUCUACAGUUUCUUCUAAACUCACAACUUUAGUUCUUACGCGCAAUUUGUUUGACGCACAAAAAUGAAAGAAAAACUUCUAACCGUGAUUUCAUCGUGUCCUGUCAUGUAUGAUGUUUCGUAAAUCCGUAUAGAGACAAUACGAAGAAAAAUAACUCUCGGAAGUAGCAGGGAUUGUCGGUUCCCUUCGUGAGUAUACGUAGCUAGUACAGUUAGCUUGCUUUUCUAAUCCGCCAGCGAAGCUUGUGAUUGGUUACUGAGCAUGUAACAUUUAAAUCAAACUUUAAAUACGUUUUAAACAAAAGUGGUGUGUAUAAAUAAAAAAUGCUGGACAGUGCACGCCCAUAAGUGACAACAAUAGCCACACCCACAAGAGAUAAACUUGAAACGACAUGAGCAACUCGCCUGCUAGUGUGAACGUAGGGUUACGCAUCCUUCAACACUGCCUUGGCUCGUAGAAUGUGUUUGGACCCGGGGCGCUCCGCUGCUCCUCUUUUAUGCACUAGAGAUAGUCUUUAUUACUGGAAUUAGUGGCCUUGAACUUAGACGUGUGCUACUGUGUAUAUAACGCAACUCGAUGAGAUUUUCCCAUGCAUGCUAGUUUAUAUAUCAACACGGUGAACACAGAGAGGCAUUUAAGCUGUUCAAGGCUCCCACUUCUACUUUCUUCAUGUAUAUAUCAUUAUGAUUUGUCGUCUCUCUGAUUGUGAUUUUUAGCUGCUUGUGUCGGAAAGAGCAUCGAUCUUUACAACUGUGAAAGUAGCUCACUUUUUUGAGACAAUUCUUAGAUCAUUCGAAUCAGAAAAGGUUUUUAUACUUUGGUGCUUCCUCUUUCACACUAUUUGUCCUCAGGGUGUCGUGCUUUUAAUACGGGUAUAAGCGAAUUAAUUUUUCAAAGGGGAAGUGACAAAGUGGGACUGCGACUGGAACUGUGAUGAUUACUCGACCUCAGCUGAUGUGAAGACAGUGAUUUUUUUUUUUUUUAACUUGGUUUAUAUGAUCUUGACUUUAUUAAAUGUCUUUUUUUGAAGCCUUUUGUGUGGGUAAGAAACAAAAAGAACCUGAAAGCUGUGAUGAAUUUAUUUUUUUUUGUGAGAUUUUUUUUUUUCAGAGCAGAUUGGAAGGAUAAGUUGGCAUUCUAUUUUCAUUGAUUUUUGCUGGAUUUGAUGAAUGACAAUGACCUGUGUGUGUGUGUGUGUGUGUGUGUGUGUAUGCGUGUGUUAAUUACUCAGUCCCACUUUUUAUUAAUUUAGCUGUAGCAUUUAAAAUGGAUCUGUACCAGAUCUGUGCCAAUAUCCACACAUCUAUCUACCUCAUGAAGCUGGAGUCUGGCGAGCCACAUGCGUGCACACACAAUAAACAUAAACACACACAAUAUUUCUCAUGAUUGCAUUGUCAACACACACACACACACACACACACACACAUACACACUCACACACACACAGUUUCUCAUUCAUACACUGAAACAUUUCCUCUUUCGACUGCUAAACCUGUGACUAAAUCAGCCUUAACCUUUUUAACCAGACAGAAUCUGACAGCUUCAGGAGACUGUGCCAAGUUUUAACAUUAUUUUAACAUCAUACUUUCUGCAGCAAAUCUCAGCACAUUUUUAUUUAAUUUUUUCCCCGGUGUUUGAGUACACAAGUCCUUUCUUGUUGCAUACCGAUCACUGCAAGAGUUUUGUCAUCACAGUUUUGUUUUUUUUUUUAAAUAAAAGUAUGACCGAUUCGAGUCCUACAAAAGGCUUAUAUUAGCUAAAGCCAGCUGUAAUGGCGUUCAUGUUCAGCUGCACACUUUAGAGCCCUUUUGGCAUGAAGAGCGUCUGCCAGUGAUAUUUCAUUCAUAAAUAUUGUCAGUAGGCACAUGUGAAUAAAAAAUAGGAGCAGAAGAAAUCACUAGCUACAGGCUGACAUAAAGCCGACCUUGCUUUUUAUUAAAAAUAGAUAGAGAAUAUUUUAGCAGUAGAUGACGUGCUCUUUGACGUCUGCUCUCUGUUCUCUGGUAGUAGGACAAGAUCAUUUGUAUGGACUAUGAGGAUGUGAAUUUUUUUCUCUGUACAGAUUUUUUUUAAACUUGUGAGUUAGGGACUGAUCCACACCUACUGAUUCCUCAGCAUCUUUGCUGUCUGUCUUUCUGUCUACACUAGUGAAAUGAUUAGAUUUGGUUGAAUAUAAAUCAUAUUUAUUUGCUCUUUCACAUUUUGUACAUUGUUUUUGGGCUUGUUUUUAUAAAUGUCUUCUCUUUUUUCUUUGGCUAUCUUAUUUUUUAAACAGUUGUCGAUACCUCAGUAGCACAGUGGCAUCAGAACGACUUUUGUAUGUUUUAUUUUGAUGUGAAGUUUACAGGUUCUUAUUUUUGGAAAUGGACCGAAGUGUUUUCUAUACUCUGUACAUUUCUUAGAAUUAAAAAAAAAA